AUGACAACAGCAGCAGCAGCAGCAACAGCAGCAGCAAAGCUGCGUGCUUCAGGAGGAGAGAAUAAGAACAACCACCGCUGGGGCAGCAGCAGCAGCUACUGCAGUCUCAACAGCAGCAGCAGCAGCUGCUGCUGCAGCAACAGCAGCAGCAGCACAUAUCGAUCUCCCCUCCAUGUACACCACGCGCAGCUGAGGCGAACUUACAAUGAGAUCCUAGGCAUUACCAGCAGCAGCAGAAGGUGCAGCAGCAGUUGCUGCAGCAGCAGCAGCAAUGCAGCAGCUGCCGCUGCGGUUGAUGCGCCGCAGCAGGCGAGCAGCAUUUAUUAUUCAGGCAUAUCGUCGCAAUAUCCAGCAGCAGCAGCAGCAGAAAAAGCAGCAGCAGUAGAAACAGCCGCAGCAGCUGCAGCAGCAGCAGCAGCAGCUGCUGCUGUCCCAGUGUAUCCUGUCCCUGUUGAUCCUCCGCGCCGCAGGCAACCUGCGUGCAGCAGCAGCAGGUGCAGCAGCAGGAGCAGCAGCGGGAGCAGCAGCAGCAGCAGCUGCUGCAGCAACUGCAGCCGCACCAUUUGCUCUUGCUGGUCAGGUAGCGUCUAUGUGCCAUGUCUAGAUACGAUUGAAGCAGCAGCAGGAGCAGCAGCAGGAGCAGCAGCAGGUGCAGCAGGAGCUUCAGGAAAGUUGCUGGCAGCGUCAGAGCAAGAGGCGCAGCAGCAGCAGCAGCAGCAGCGACUGCAGCAGCGGGAGCAGCAGCAUGGGUUGGAGCCGCGCUGCACAAGGGUUUAUUCUGCUGCUGCUGUAUGUGAAGUAGAUGGGCAGCUGCUGCCUCACCCUUUCUCAAAGACGGGCCGCCUCAAGUUAACUCAGGAUACAAAUGCGAAGACGUUGCCUCCUUUGCUUCGGGAGGUGGGAUCGGGCGAUCCCAUAGACCCCACAGCUCCGGAGGCGUUCCCUUGUGGGGCGCAGGCUGUCUCUCUUUUUAACGAUGAUAUCGCCUUCAAGAGACAGCUCAAAGACGGUAAAGUGCUGUCUCUCUCUCUCGACUUCAACUCUGUCGCCUACAAAUGGGAUUUUCUACAGUUCAUGGGUUUAUUAGGGUUUAGUGUAUACGAUUGCGUGAGUGUGUGGCAGUUGCACAAGGUAAAGAACUCUACGUGGGAGUCUGAGGGUUUACAACCCUGGAUAUUACCUUCAGACCCUAAAUUUAGGGUUUGGCUGCAUCCUCCUUUAACGCCUAACUUUCAGAAACUUUAUGCUGUUCUGUGGGAGCCGCUUCUUCCUGGUGUUCAAUACUAUGCUGUUCUUACUAAAAACAAGUGGCCUGCGGAGGCGUGGGGGGCUUCGAAGGCCUUUGUGAUUGCUGGAUUAACUCCGAUGGGAGGUGCAAAUCUACCUUUAGCUGUAGCUACGAUUGCAGCGGCGCGAGGGGUGAACUUGAAGACAGAGCCUGCGAAUGCAGAAGCUGCGGAGAGCAGCGUGUCUCAGCGCAAGGGGUCUGGGGGCCCUUCUGCUGCUGCUGCUGCUGCUGCUGCUGCUGAUGGUAGUGGUUUACAAAGCCAGUCAACAGAGGAGGAAUUAUCGAGGCUGCUGCAGCUGCUGCCAGCUGCAGCACCUGCUUGUCUGUGUCCUGCACACUGCAGAGCAGCAGAUGACGGGAGGUGGGACACCCUUGCUGUUCGUGGUGCUGCUCCUGCUGCUGCUGCUCCUGCUGCUGCUGCUGCUCCUGCUGCAGCAGCAGCAGCAGCAGCGCAGCAAAUGGAAGGACCUGAAGAGACAGAAGAGUACUCGCAGUUUAGCGAAGGAGACAGCAAUAUAACCGAUGAUGAUUAUGAAGAAAGACGAAAAUCUUAUCAACUCCAGCUUGGCGAUGAUGCAGCCAGCAGCCAAUACCCCUAG